AUGUUGAUGCUGGUGAAAGAGGAGCUUGAGAAGAUGACAGAUCCACAACCAUUCAGAAUAAAGGAUGAAGAUACUGAGGAACAGAUAGAUAUGAUGGAAGUGAAAGAGGAGAGUCAAGCUGAAGUGGAUGAGAAACAUCAGAUUGUAAAAAUAAACCAUAAUGUUUCACAGAAAGAAACUCUGAAGACAGAAGACAUAAAGUGUGAAAAUAGUUUCAGAGAAGAUGAACGCCCUGAAGAUCACAAGAGGACUCACAGUGAGGAGAAACCUUUCACAUGUCAACAGUGUGGAAAGAGUUUUAGAAGGAAAGAUCACCUUAAAACACACAUGAGGAUUCACACUGGAGAGAAACCUUACACAUGUCAACACUGUGGAAAGAGUUUCACCUUGAAAGCGAACCUUAUCCGGCACAUGAAUACUCACAGUGAGGAGAAACCUUACACAUGUCAACAGUGUGGAAAGAGUUCCAUAUCUAAAAGUAAACUUGAGGCUCACCUGAGAAUUCACACUGGAGAGAAACCUUACACAUGUCAUCUUUGUGGAAAGAGUUUUACAUCUUCAAGUGACCUUACGAGACAUGUGAAAAUUCACAGUGGAGAGAAACCACAUGCGUGCCAUGAGUGUGGAAAGACUUUUACAUCUACAAGUUACCUUAAGAAACACAUGAGGACUCACACUGGAGCGAAACCAUACACGUGUCAACAGUGUGGAAAGAGUUUUAAAUCUUCAAGUGACAUUACGAGACAUGUGAAAAUUCACAGUGGAGAGAAACCACAUGCGUGCCAUGAGUGUGGAAAGACUUUUACAUCUACAAGUUACCUUAAGAAACACAUGAGGACUCACACUGGAGCGAAACCAGUGCUUACAUUCUGAAGAAAAGACAUUCAACUCUUCUGUGCAGUUAUGAGUUUAUUAUGAUUUAGGAUAUGUAAAGCCUUACCGUGAGUUCACACCAGCCGCAUUUGAGGCGUCAAAAUCGCGUCUAGUUUGCCGCUUGAACAUUAUGGGGCGGUUUCCUGGACAGGGAUUGGACUCGUUUUAGAUUAAAACAUUUUUAAGAGCUGUCCAAACAGAAAACAACCUGCAUUUGCAUAUCUUAAAAUACAUCAGCGCCCUUUGUUUUGUCUAAAAAUGCACACAGGUAAUUUUUUUAUUAAGGCAUGUUUGUUAAAGCUAGGGUCCGGCAGUGGCUCAAUGGUUCAUGUAGGUUGUCUACAAACUGGAAGGUUGGUGGUUUAAUCCCUGGCUCCACUGGACCAAAUGUCGAGGUGUCCUUGAGCAAGAGCCCUAACCCCAGCUGCUCCCGACGAGCUGGAUUGCACCUUGCAUGGCUGACACCACUGUCGGUGAAUGAAUGGGUGAAUGUGAGGCAACUUGUAAAGCGCUUUGAAAGCCCUGGGUCUGUUAAAAGCGCUAUAUAGACCAUUUAAAAAUAGUUAUAUUUGCUAAUUGAUCUAAGGCCUGGUCCUGGAUUAAGCUAAUCCCUGUCCGGGAAAGCGCCUCUGAGUUGUCUCGCUUCAUUCGCGUGUGAAAUUCUAGUCAUCGAGACUUUCAGAAAUUCGCGUCAUUGAAGGGGCUUCUGUGACUCUGCUCGCUUUCUGUAAUCACAUCACUACUAGAGCAAGCUCCUGAUUGGUUAACGUGGCACGUUUUUCUGCAAAGUUAAAAUUUAAAAAGUUAAAAAUUCGCUUGUUUUCCGCGGCAACGCUCAAUAAAAAAAUGGCAGAAUCGCGUCUACCGUGCCGCACUAAAUGGCUCAUUCGCGCCAUGAGACUUCCAGAUGCGCGUCAACGCGUCUUCACAUUGACUUAACUUGAAAUCACUCAGGCUUGACGCCUCUACCGUGGCUGGUCUGAACGCAACAUUAAGCUAGGGCCCACCAAAAGAUGUAUUAAAUCUUAUCAGACCAGAGACCACAAACAUGAUGAGAAAAAAUACACUAUAUUGCCAAAAGUUUUGGGAUACCUGCCUUUAUAUGCACAUGAACCUGAAUGACAUCCAAUUCUUAAUCCAUAUGGUUUAAUAUUGAGUUGGUCCACCCUUUGCAGCUUUAACAGCUUCAACUCUUCUUGGAAGAAUUUCUACAAGGUUUAGGAGUGCGUUUAUGGGAAUGUUUGACUAUUCUUCUAAAAGCACAUUUAUAUGGUCAGACACUGAUUUUGGACAAGAAGGUCUCGCUCGUAGUCUCUGCUCCAAUUCUUUUUUUUUUCACUUCCAGGCAAUUUAUUUUCUUUAACAGAAUUCUCUCUGCUCCAAUUCAUUCCAAAGAUGUUCUACUGGAUUGAAGUCAGGACUCUGUGCAGGCCAGUAAAGUUCCUCCACACCAAACUCGCUCAUUCAUGUCUUUAUUGACCUUGCUUUAUGCACUGGUGCACAGUCAUGUUGCAACAGGAAGGGGCCAUCCCUAAACGGUUCCCCCAAAGUUUGGAGCAUGAAAUUUUCCAAAAUGUCUUUGUGUAUGAUGAAGCAUUAAGACUUCCUUUCACUGGAAAGUGAUUGAAACACCUGAAUUCAAUGAUUUGGAGGGUUGUCUCAAAACUUUCGGCAAUAUAGUGUAUAGGAUUUACCAGUUUUGUUCCUAUAGUAUGUGGAUUGCCAGUAUGUGGUCAUCACAGCACACCACACAUCUUUGUUGUUUGUGAGUCUUGACAGAGAACAUAGAAGUCUUGCGAUGUCUCUCGUGGUCAAACAUGACUUCACAGUAAACAAACAUGAUGGAAAACGGUCAUAAAGAAAUGUCAUUAAUACUGUGGACUGCACCUCACUUUGGACUGUUCCUGCUGCGCUAUAACUGUGGUUGUUAGUGUUUCGUCUUUCAUCAGCUCGCUUUCUGAUUGGUUAUCAUUUUGUUUUACGUGACUACAGUGUAAAUGUUCGCUUGUCCUCAAGGUUUCCCCCACAUAUCAGGAUUUUUAACAUGUUGAAUUUUUCAGAUAUAUUCAACAAGAGAUGUUAUGUGUUUCGAUUGUGAAAACAGUUCUGAUGUGUCAAGCACUGCUUUGUUACUGCGCUUCUGUUUCAUGGUCUUUUGGGGGUCUAUAUGAUCCCAGACCCUCUUCAAAUAGUUAAAAACAUAUGCAGUGUUAUUUUUUAAUUCUGAUAUUUCAUGACUGUUUCUAUUUACAUCAGAUCAUUUUACAAAUGUUUUUUCUUGAUUAUUGAUUACAUGUGAUGAUGACCCCAGUAAUAAAAGUUAUGACUGUAUGACCACUAAAAUGAUUGUCACAUGCUUUGAAUCUGUUCAGCACACAGAACACUGUUAUCUUAGCAUUAAUAGUUGUGUUUAAAAAUAGCAUUGUACUAAUAAAAGUGAAUAAAGUGAUAAACAUGUUUAUUUACUUAUUUUAACACUGUUAAAAUGUCUGUAGAAAUUACAGUAUUAUUGUCUGCUGUUUGCCAGGAACUUACUGUAGAUUUAAAUUUGUUAUUUACUUGCAACAGUUUGUUCAACGUUAAAUCAACAUUAACAAGUCUUUGUCUUUACAGAAUAAAACUUUAAAAUAAGAGCCUCAUGAAAAAAAACAGAAAAAGGUUGAUGAGGUUUCCAGAAUGCUUUGCAUGAGGCUCUUAUUUUAGUUUUAUUCUGUAAAGAUAAAGACUUGUUAAGUCUUUAAAGACUGAUACAGACCUACAGAUUAUUUUUAAUAAAAACACAUUUUGUAAGCAGUUUCUCCAUCACACGCAUUGCUCAACACAAGCGUCACUUUGAUCUUCAGAUGAUAGCUCUGGAUUGUCUGGAAAGAAAAAUUUUAGACAUUUAUGUUAAGUUCAUAUUUACUGAGAGUGAAAUCAGGAUUUUGUCGAUUUCUUGAUAGGUUUGUUUCAUUUGUGCCAAUAACCUCACAGUGAAAAAACACUCAGUAGUGUUAAAAGAGCUGUUAACAGACCCAUCAACCUUCAUGAAAUGUUUUUGUUUCAGUCACAUCAGUGUUAAUAGAGCUGUUGAUAAAUCUCAUUAUUUCAGAAUCAUAGUUCUCAUUUACACCCAAUUUAUUACAGUGAUCUCUUAAGAUCUCAAAUGUUUGUGAUUUAAAUAAGAUGAGGCUUGUAAAAUGCAGUUGUAAUUAAACUAUAUUGUUGCUUUUAAAAGGACAUUUUCAAGUAUCUACUUUGUAUUUUCCUUUUACUAUAUUAUGUUCUCAUACACACAAAAUGUUUGAAUACUACAAUUUUACUGCA